CGCGCUGUGACCGUUUAGUCUGAUGAUGGCUCUCAGAGGAGAUCACACGCUGCUUUUAGCUUUAAUCUGGACCACAUGUUCCAGCUUCACACUCGGGACUGAUGGGUUAAAGGCGAGGAUCAGAGUGAAGAGAGAAAGUGGAACAUUUCUCAGUUUUAAAGGACGCAUGUUGGAUAACCUAAAGCUGGUCCAUGCGUCUGACAGUCAAACCAUCUACGCAGGAGGUCCAGAUGGUCUCUACAUGUUAAAGCCAGGAAAACAUUCAACACUUAAGAAGGUUGACGUGCCGAUAUUUGACCCAGAAUGCCCGUCUACUGGCUGUGGAUACAAAAUCUCUCUGUUGAAAGAGGGGAGGAAUGGAAAUCCACUGUUCAUGUGUGGAACCAAGGAGAAAACAACAAAGUGCUGUGAUGUGAACUCAGCGCACAGUGCCAUUGAUUGCUUCGAUCUGGUUAAUCCGACACAAAUCACACAGCCGUCCUUGCACAUUGGUGAUUCUCUAUAUUACACAGUCUCUACCGAGAACCACAAUCAGCCAGGCCUCUACAGAUCGGUCAAGGGGAAAUUCACCUGGCCACCGCUGAGAACAACCGAGCAGAGGUAUAUAAAAAUCCUUGGUAAUCAAAGUGAGCCACUGGAUGGAAAAGUGUACUCCUUCUACACUGAACAGAACCAGAACCAGGACCAGGACAUGCCCCUUCGGAUACCUCGGGUUUCUCAGAUCUGCACGGCGGAUCGAGGUGGCAGUAAAUCAGUGCUGCAGUACCGAUGGACGUCCAUGCUGACCGCACGCCUGUUUUGCGGAGAUGAGAAGAAGGGUCUCACGUAUACAGAGCUCCUGGACGUUGCUGUGCUGGAAGCUGCAAACUGGGAAAGCACCAUCAUUUACGGCCUCUUCAAAAAUGCCUACAACCUGAGAGCCGUGUGUGUUUAUAAAAUGUCCGACAUCAUUAACGUUUUUGCGAGCAACAAUAUCAAAGACCAAACUGAGACUUUUUCUUCACCAAGUCCUGGAGAGUGUGUAGAAAACAGUCAAACGUUAUCACCAAGCUUGCUAAAGUUUAUGGAAAAGCAUCCUGAGAUGAGCCAGUGGAUUAAACCUGCCCAGGCCCCUCUGUUGUUCAUGCACCAUCACUACACACACCUGCAGGUGGACAGAGUGGAGAGCAGGACGUCAGAAAAUAGCCAUCAUGAUGUUCUCUUUAUGGCUUUAGAAAAUGGCAACGUCCAUAAAAUCCUGGAACAGAAUAACGAGCCCUUCAUCAUCACAGAGUACGAGCCCUUCAACAACAGGACACACAUCACCAGCCUGCUGCUCGACCGUGCUACAAAAAAGCUUUUCGUGAGCUCCAUCAGCGAGGUGAUCCAGAUCGACCUGUCCAACUGCAGCGUGUACGGUAACGACUGCGACUCGUGUGUGAUGGCCCGAGACCCGUACUGCGGCUGGGACUUGAAGUGUUCAGCUAACAAAGGGAUACAAGAUGUGAUGAAUGGAAGCCACACUAUAUGUCAAAAUGACCCACAGACCAGCAUGUCCCGGACGGAUGGCCGUAAAGACUCUGUCAUCAGAGUGUCUCAAGACUCUAAAUACUUCCUCAAAUGCCCCAUGGAAUCCCAGCAUGCCUCAUACAGUUGGGACCACCAGGGCAGGACGAGGACGUGUGUCUCAACUGAUCAGGACUGCCUUUUACUGAUCGACAGCAUGAGCCAGAGCGACGCAGGAGUUUAUAGAUGCAUCGCCUCAGAGAACGGAUAUGAGAGAACGAUAGUCCGUCAGGAGCUGCAGAUGAACGCUGCCUCAGAGACGAGAGCGACUAGUAGCAUACUAGCUGUAGCCUGCAUUCUGGCCCUGAUCUCUGUCAUCUGCUAGCACUGUUUAGUGUGUGUGUGUGUUGGUCUGUCAGCUGCUCUCGGCAAGGGGACGCCACACCGGUCCAUCCGGUCCCCACAUGCAAGCUUGCGCGGAUUUUACGCCGGAUUGCCCUUCCUGACGCAACCCUCUUAUUUUAUCUGGGUUUGGGACCGGCACUGCAUCCAGUGGCACUGUUUAGAUAUUUCUCAAGCGCUCAUCUUCCUGUUCCAGAGUGACAUGACCAACGAGACUUGAGAGAGACUGAUUAAAAACAGAACUAUGUGAGUCUAUACUUGUGAUUCCUAUUGAACUGCAACAGGGAGCAAGACGUUUUAUACACCAUAAACUGUAAAAAAAAAAAAAAAGGGGGAAAAAAAGUGAUAUUUAUGACUUUAGUUUUUAAAUUUACAUAUAAUAAACAUAAUUUUAUUACAGUGUGAUGGAAUGGGUAUGAGUGUGUAGCACAGCCAGCAUGGGUGCAAGGUGAGUCGGCGCAACGUGCUUGGGCCCGCUCAUCGCUGCUUGCAACCAUAUUUCUUCAAGUUGUGUUCAUAAGCAUUCGUAUGUUUGAGAAGUCCGAUGAAAAAGUUUAGUGUUAGUAUACGUCAUUGACGGUUCAAGAGUUUAUAGAAAUUGUUAAAAGGUUAAAGCUAAAAAGAAUCUGAAAAUCUUCAAUGUAAUCAGUGUUAUUAUUAUUAUUAUUAUUUUAGGUUGAAGCCCAUGUACAUGUCUGU